AUGAAAGAUCUGGAUCUCUCCCGGCUACCUUCACAAGCUGGCAAGACUAUCCUCAUCACGGGCGAAAAAAUGAACANNGGUACCAGUGGUCUGGGUCGUGAGUUGGUAAAAUACCUGGCCGCCCUCGGCCCAGCCAAGAUAUUCUUCACUGGUCGCAAUCAAGCACGAGCAGAUGAAGUGCUAGCCGAUCUUGACCGCAGACAUCCAGAUGUGCAAGCCACAUUCGUGCAGAUGGACCUCGCAUCACUAUCUGACGUUCAACGCGCUGUGCAGCAACUUAUACCCCAGCUCGAUGGUCGCUUAGACCUCUUGAUAUGCAACGCCGGCAUCAUGGCCUCUCCGCCCGGUCUGAGUCCAGAUGGCUACGAGAUCCAGUGGGCGACAAACUUCCUUGGUCAUGCUUUACUUACAAAUCUCCUAUUGCCGAUACUCACCACGACUGCAUCUUCCUUUGGAGAUGCACGUAUCAUCAACACCACGUCAGAAGGUCUUAUGCUUGCUCCAUCCGGCCAAGGAAUUGUCUUCGACGACCUCAAAACCAAACAGGAGUACGGCUUCGGAGCUCGCUGGAGGCGCUAUGGGCAAAGCAAGCUUGCUCAAGUCUUGUACACGUCUGAGCUUGCUCAGAAGUAUCCGACCGUGUCAUCCAUCGCCAUUCAUCCAGGAGUCGUGGGCACUGAUUUGGUCUCAUCAUUGGGAUGGGCAGAUUGGUUGUUAGUGUAUGCGACCUCAAAAGUAUUGAAGCCUGAAGACGGAUGCAAGAACUCGAUGUGGGCAGCCACUGCGCCGCGCGAGGCUGUCGAGAAUGGCGCUUACUAUUCACCGAUUGCUGAGCCUGGCAAGCAAACAAAGUGGACGCAAGACGUCGACCUCGCAGAUAGGCUAUGGCAGUGGACAGAGGAAGUCUUGCGACCAUUUGUAAGCCCUAGAUGA